AUGGGCCGCCGAGCUUCAUCAGCCAGGUGCCCUCCAGGUGUGGCCAGAGACGACUCUGACGACGAGCUCGGAGUUGACGACCAUCCGUGGGAAUGGAUCCAUGCUGAGCCCGACCAUGGGGACGCCGCCAAGGGGAAGCGGAAGCGGGAUGCCACCCACCAGGGCCACCACAUAGUCGGUGCGCGCAUGGGUACCUUCGAGUGCUACAAGGGCGACUGCGUUCUCCUCAAGGCCGACGGCUCCAACGAGGCCUGGGUCGCCAUCAUCACUGACUUCCUCGAUGCCGAUGAGGACGGGGACAUGGCUGCCCACUUUCUGUGGUUCUCUACCGAGACCGAGAUUCGCAACAACGACCGGAAGCGAAAAGACUAUCUCUGGAACGAGCUGUACAUCACGCCAUCCUCCGAUGUCAACCCUCUUGCUUCUAUAAAUGGUAAAGCCCGUGUCAUGUCCCAUGACGCCUUCCUGCAACGCUUCCCCAGCGGCAAGAUACCCCGCACGUCUUCAGCCUACAACAAGACCUUCGUCUGCCGCAGAGGUUGCAAUACGAGGACCACCACCUACACUGACGAAUUCGUCUGGAAAGACGUCUACUCGGGAAAUGUUGACGACAUCGGGGACCUAGUCGAAAUGGUACAGAGGGGGACCAAGUCAACGAGGAGCCGCCCGAGAGCUCAGGAUCCGCAUCUCGAGGCCGCCUAUGUCCUAUCUCACCAAGAGCCCGCCGAUGAUGAUGACUAUCUCUCCGAUGGGGCCGCAACGCGCAAAGUCACCACGCCGCGCAAGAGGCAGAAGACGUCGCGCCUUGUCACACCCUCCAGUCGCAAGGUUGCGGUGAAGAAGGCGCUGGAGUUCACGCCGCUGGCCACUCGUACUCUUUCGCCAAGCUACCACCAGUCGUCUCCCUUCCAGAUCGCAAGGGCCCAGUUGCAUGUUGCGUCGGUGCCGACCAGCUUGCCAUGCAGAGAGUCGGAGUUUUCCAUGGUGUAUUCGCAUCUCGAGGCAGCCAUCACCGACGGUUCGGGAGCAUGUAUCUACAUCUCCGGGACGCCGGGGACGGGCAAGACUGCCACCGUGAGAGAAGUCGUCUCGAGGCUGGACGAGGCCGUCCGAUCCGACGAGCUGGACGACUUCAUCUUUGUCGAGAUCAACGGCAUGAAGAUCACCGAUCCCCACCAGUCCUACUCUCUGCUGUGGGAAGCCUUGCGCGGACAGCGAGUCAGUCCAAGCCAGGCCCUCGACCUCCUCGAGCGAGAGUUCAACCACCCAAGCCCUCGGCGGGUCCCUUGCGUGGUGUUGAUGGACGAGCUCGAUCAGCUCGUCACCAAGAACCAGAGCGUCAUGUACAACUUCUUCAACUGGCCUGGAUUGCGCCACUCGCGGCUUAUCGUGCUGGCCGUGGCCAAUACCAUGGACCUGCCCGAGAGAACCCUCAGCAACAAGAUCAGUAGCCGUCUGGGCCUGACUCGCAUCACCUUUCCCGGCUACAACCACGAACAGCUCAUGAAGAUCAUACAAUCGCGACUCGAGGGGGUUCCGGGCAAUAUUGUCGAGCCCGACGCUGUCCAGUUCGCAAGUCGCAAAGUCGCCGCCGUGAGCGGCGAUGCAAGGCGGGCUCUCGACAUCUGCCGCCGCGCCGUCGAGCUGGCCGAGUCGGAUAUGAAGGGCCCAGGCCCCGAUCCCGCCACGCCGAGCAAGCGGGCCAAGGCCAAGACCGGAGAGGCCGACCGCGGCAAGAGCUCCAGAGGCAAGGUCACGAUUGCGACGGUGAAGCGAGCCAUCAACGAGGCUACGACGAGCCCGUUGCAGCAGUACCUGCGAGCCUUGCCGUUUGCUUCCAAGUUGGUGUUGACGUCUUUGCUCGUCCGGAUCGAGAGGAGCGGCUUGCCGGACAGUACAUAUGGCGAUGUUGUCGAGGAAAUGAACCGCGCUCUGGUCCUGGACAGCAGCAGUCGGCGGGUAGGCCUGCUGAGGGGUGCCGGGGCCCGGGACACCCGAGUCCAUACAUCUACACGGGGAUAUGAUAGCAAGUCUGCCCGGGUCGCGGGCAUCGACAUGGCAGCGGUCGAUCUGACGGGCGCCGGUAUCAUCAUUCUCGAGGGCCAUCGAGCGGAGCGACCGAGUAAGAUCAGGCUUGCUGUGGGAGACGAGGAGGUAAAGCUGGCAUUUCGGGACGACCCCGAGAUCAAGGCUUUGGGUAUUGCAUUUUAG